AUGCAAGAUAAGGCAGUAGAAAAAGUGCCCGAGCAGGAUAUAACUCAAGUCAUAGGAAGAAAGCGACCUCCAACACCCUUCCCGCAAAGGUUGGCUAAAUAUCAGAAGGAUGAGCAGUACAAAAGAUUCAUGGAAAUGUUGAAGCAAAUUCAGGUUAACAUUCCUCUAAUUGAUGCUUUGAGGGAGAUGCCUGGUUAUGUAAAAAUGAUGAAGGACUUGAUGUCACGCAAGUUUGACCUUCAAGACUUGGCAACUGUGACAUUGACUCAGAUAUGUAGUGCUGUUGUGACAAGAAGCAUUGGAAGAGUAAGGCCCACAUCCAUGUUACUACAACUAGCUAACCGAACGGUGAAAAAGCCAUCAGGUAUACUUGACGAUGUACUUGUGCAAGUUGAAAAGUUUGUGUUUCCGAAAGAUUUUGUUAUUCUGGACUGCCAGGUUGAUGAGGAGAUUCCCAUAAUUUUGGGAAGGCCAUUCUUGGAGACAAGAAGAGCUCUUGAUUGUGAAACUGGGGAGCUGAAAAUGAGGCUUAAUAACGAAGAAAUAACAUUUAAUAUGCAAAAGUAUAUGUUGCGACCUAGUUAG